GACACUUGAGCAGAAAAGUAUAAGGCGGAGCCUUAGAUCGUAUCUGAAAGAAGGAGGACGGAAAAUAAUCGAUUUCAGACAUUUCAAAGGAAUUUCGCUAUGACAGAACUCAGCUUGAAUUGUUUACCUGUUGGAAUGACAUCAGUAGGGAAGAAUGUCUAUCCAGUCCUCAACACGUGGGAAGGGUCUGAUGAUGAAGGAAAUGACGUCACAAACGAGAAUUGUGGAGGAGUUGAUCCAUGUGUAUUGACAAGCUACCGUGAGAUGGCUGGAAGCAAGGAAGAGCAUGAAGAGUUGGGGAACUUGGAGGCCUCUGCUCAGGAUUUCAAUGUUGCAAAUGAGGAGUUAGGAUUUCAAGGCGAAUUAGGCUUGCUGUAUUUGCCUAUCAAUCUACGUUCAAAUUUUGCCGGGACAAUAAUGGUUUUGUCCAUGGAAAAUCGAAUAACUCUGGAGAAAUUCUGCGAUGAAAUGCGAGACAUAUUCAGGUUUGGCGAAGAAGAUGAAUUCACGAUGAAAUGGCUCGACGAAGAAGGUGACCCAUGCACCAUUUCAACUCAAGAAGAACUUGAUGAGGCAAUAAGAUUAUAUGAGCUUAACAGAGAUUCUGAGCUUGUCGUCCAUUUGUUUAAAGGAGUUCCGGAUGAACCAGGUCGACUCUGUGAUGGUGAAACAAGGAAUAUAUAUAGACGAGGAGCAAAGAGAUGGAGAAAGAUACACAUUGUUAAUGGUCAUUCAUUUGUGGCAAAGAGAUUUAGUCGGCUUGCUGCUUGUUCCUUUUGUUCAGAUAGAAUUUGGGGACUUGGUAGACAGGGUUACAAAUGCCUUGAAUGUAAGCUAGUUGUUCACAAAAAAUGCCACAAGCUGAUAAAAAUCCAAUGUGGACAACAACCACAUCCAUCAAGUCAAACAAUUCACUCAUCACUCCCACCCAUUGGGGCAGUAGGUACAAAACUUCCUCCAGCAGAGGAAGCACCAGGACCCAAAAGAACGAGAAGUGACAGUCCAGCAACUCGUAAGCGAGGGCUUGUUAGUGUAGAUUAUUCACAUGGAUCUAAGGCUAAAGAAGCAUCAUCCGGAAGAAAUUUCUUGAUUUCAUUGAACGACUUUACUCUUCUCAGAGUAAUAGGAAGAGGCAGCUAUGCUAAAGUUUUGCUGGUGGAGUUAAAGAAAAAUAAGAGAAUAUAUGCAAUGAAAGUUGUCAAGAAAGAGCUUGUUAAUGAUGAUGAGGAUAUUGACUGGGUUCAAACAGAGAAACAUGUCUUUGAACAAGCAUCAAAUCAUCCAUUCCUGGUUGGACUACAUUCUUGUUUCCAAACGGCUAGCAGGUUGUUUUUUGUUAUUGAGUUUGUGAGUGGUGGUGACCUUAUGUAUCACAUGCAAAGACAGAGGAGAUUACCUGAAGACCAUGCAAGGUUUUAUUCUGCUGAAAUUUCAUGUGCACUCAACUUUUUACAUGAAAGAGGUGUGAUUUACCGGGAUCUCAAACUAGACAAUGUGUUACUUGAUUCUGACGGCCAUGUGAAACUUACAGAUUACGGAAUGUGUAAAGAAGGUCUUCGUCCCGGUGAUACAACAAGCACGUUUUGCGGAACGCCAAACUACAUUGCGCCUGAAAUUCUUCGAGGGGAAGAUUAUGGCUUCAGUGUCGACUGGUGGGCUUUAGGAGUACUCAUGUUUGAAAUGUUAGCUGGUAGAUCACCUUUUGAUGUUGUAGGAAGUGCAGAAAACCCUGAUCAAAAUACGGAAGAUUAUCUCUUUCAAGUCAUUUUAGAAAAACCUAUAAGAAUUCCUAGAUCCUUAUCUGUAAAAGCUGCGUCAAUACUCAAAGGAUUUCUCAACAAGAACCCCAUCGAACGUUUAGGUUGUCAUCCUCAGACAGGAUUUGCAGAUAUAACAUCACAUGUGUUCUUCCGGACGGUCGAUUGGGAACAGUUGGAAGCACGACAAGUUGCUCCCCCGUUCAAGCCAAGGAUAGAAGAUCAGUAUGGACUGGAAAACUUUGAUCCUCAAUUCACCAACGAACCUGUUCAACUUACACCAGAUGACCCGAAAAUGCUCGAGACCAUCGACCAGUCGGAGUUUGAAGGUUUUGAAUACAUUAAUCCUCUUCUAAUGUCCUCAGAGGAGUGCGUUUAAUGGCUGCCUUCCAAGAGUGGAGAGCUUGAUGUAUAGAACUCAGUAGAGUCAUUCUUGAAAUUAUAUCUUUAUACCACUUAUACACUGAAAGUUCACAUUCAGAGCCAGAGAGGUAGCAUGAUAGUUAAUGGAGUAUUUCUAACGUUUGUUAGCAGGACCAUUUCGAAUAACUCUAGCUCUGUGAUUGGUUCAAAAAUGGGACUUCAAAAUCAAUCGCUAUUUGAUCAUUCGCGCUUUAUAUAUGUCCAAUUAAUUAAUUUCUAAUUGGCUUGAUUUGGUCUCGCGACUCAAAUACGAACACCUUCGCGUAAUAGUUUUGUAAAAGAUUACACGACAUUAACAUGUGCGGUAUCAGAUAAAGGAAAGCUUGUGAAAUAAUUCAAACCCAUUUUCUGACAGAGAUAAUAUACUUAAGAGGAAUUUUGUAAUGUGUCAUCUAUACUCGGAUAAUGUACAAAGCGGGGGAGUAAGAGGCUACAUUUACCAUACAAUACCAUCAGAUCCUUAAAAAUGUAAUUUUCACAGAGAUGACUUGUUAAAGGGUAAAGUUAGAAACUUAAUAUCAUAUCUUACACGAAUACGAUUGUAAUUUUGUCAACGUAGUAAAUUAAAUGCUGAUUAAAGCAGCUCUAUUUUACGCCAUUAAAAAAUAAAAUUCGUAUCGUUGUAUUGAGGAAUAUUUUAGUUUAGCUUUGUGUAGGAUGAUUGAACAACUGGCUAGGUCAAAAACGAGUCGUCAUCGACCCAACCAAUUAGAAUCAGUAUAUUCUAUCAGCCUGAAUUCUUCCCGUGCGGGGACUGCUGACGUAACACUUGCUCUUAGUCCUGAAUGGCUUUUGAAUUUGGUUUAGUUUCAAUUCGAGUGCGUGAAAACAGCUCCAUUUUCACUUCUACGUUUUUAACUCAAUUGUAGUUGUAAUAUCACAAAACUUAAGUACUUUUCAGUAUGGGUUCGUUAUAAUAGGUAGGUAGGUAAGUUUUUCUACAGUUUUGAAUUUGUAAACAGUACUGGGAGAUUGCGUGCUAUUUUUAUGCCGAGAUACACAAUAAACUCAUUUGGUGAAGCUUCUUAA